AAGGAAACACAUAUGCAAAUUUGUUUUCCACAGAUGAAUAAUGAAGAAAAACCAUCAGAAGAAAAUCUAACUGGAUUGAUGGAAUUUGUUCUCUUGGGUUUUGCUGACUUGCCCCAUCUACAGUGGUUUCUUUUUGGAUUGUUUUUAACCAUCUACAUUAUUAUCCUCAUGAGCAACGGCACCAUCUUUCUAAUAACCAAACUGGAUCCUGCUCUCCAGAGUCCAAUGUACUUUUUCCUGGCAAAUUUCUCUUUUCUUGAAAUGUGCUAUGUAUCCGUUACUCUGCCCAGAAUGCUGAUGGAUCUUGGAACCCAGAGAAGAAGAAUUUCCUUAGUUGCCUGUGCUACACAGAUGUGUCUUGUCCUUAUGCUUGGAGGCACAGAGUGUUUGCUUUUGACAGUGAUGGCCUAUGACCGCUAUGUGGCCAUUUGUCACCCUCUGCACUAUUCUCUCAUCAUGAACCACAGGCUCUGUAUCCAGCUGGUGAUUGGCUCCUGGAUUACAGGAAUUCCAGUUCAGAUUGGACAAACAUACAAGAAUUUCUCUUUGCCAUUCUGUGGAUCUAAACAAAUCAACCACUUCUUCUGUGACAUCUUCCCAAUACUCAAUCUGGUUUGUGUUGACACCUUUGAAAAUGAGAUGUUCAUCUACAUGGUAUCUGUGUUCUUUGGCAUAGUUCCAUUUCUGUUAAUACUUGUCUCCUACAGUAAAAUUAUCUCCACUAUUUUGAAGUUGCCAUCAGCCAAAAGUCAAGCCAAAGCCUUCUCCACAUGCUCAUCUCAUCUCAUGGUUGUGAUGUUAUUCUUUGGAACCGCUAUCAUGACAUACUUAAGACCCAAGAACAGUCACUCAGGGGGAACUAGCAAGGUGCUUUCUCUUUUCUACACCAUUCUAACUCCAAUGCUUAAUCCCAUGAUAUAUAGUCUAAGAAACAAGGAUGUCAUAGUGGCACUGAGAAAAUUGCUAUGA